AUGGAUGUUCCUGCUACAAGCAUGGGGGCUGCUGCUACAACCAUGGGUGGUGCUGCUACAAGCACGCAUGUUGCUUCUACAAGCAAGGGUGGCGCUGCUACAAGCUCGCCCGUGGCUGCUGCCAGCACAGGACUCCCAGGAGGACACACAACCGCAGUGGGGAAUGCUGAUAGGAGGUUGCUGCAUGUGACAUCUCGAACCACAGAAUCCAAGUCGGGGAGCGAAAGGAGCGACCGGGAGGGCUUGGGGAAUGUGGGGCAGAGGUUGCUGCGUGAGACACCUCAACCGACAGCAUCCAAGUCAGGGAGCGAAGGGGCCGACCCGAGUGCUGCGGGGAGCACAGGCAGGAGGUCGCUGCACCCCCGCGCUGCAAGGGACAGAGAGAGGAGGAGACAGAUGGCUGAGUCGCUUCAAUCACUGAGGGCCGUCCUGCCAGCUGGCAUCCUCGGGGGGCAGCAAGACUUUGGCUCCAUUAUCAGCACUGCAGCACAGUAUAUAAGGAGCAUGGAGGCACGAGUGCGAGAACUGGAAGCCAGUGAGAUGAACCAGAGCAUGCCACCACACGGUCACCUAUGA